GUCGCUAGGCAACCAGCGCGAGGCCCAGGCGCAGGAGACUGCCUCGUGCUGAGAGAAAGGGGAGCGCCGCAGAGAGCGCUGGGCGAGGAGCGGAGAAUUUGCAGUAGAGAGGAAGCGUGUCGGGCGGCCUGAUGACCCCCAGGACCUACUUUCCAACUAGGACAGCUGGAGAGAUUUAGAAAAAAGUUCAUUUGAAGUCCAAUUAGAUUUGUAGAACAGUGUGACUCUGUUUUGAUGUUUCCCGAGCCCACCGAGAUGGAAACCGAAUACCUGAAGAAGUGCUUUGGAAAUUGCCUGGUCCAGGCGCUGGCAGAGGUAGCAAAGGUUCAGCCCAGUGACCCCAUAGAGUACCUGGCUCACUGGCUUUAUCAUUACAGGAAAACGGCAAAAGCCAAAGAAAAGGGCAGGCAGGAGAAGGUCCAGCUGCAGGAAGAAUAUGAUACUAGCCUCAAAGAAGCCAAAAUAACAGAAAUGCUGAAGCGAGAAGAGUGUGAGAUUCAACAGGAGUGUGAAAAGUGUCCCCAGCCGCAGAUAUCUGUAGCAAGCUCCACAAAGAAAACCAUAUUCAUGCAGGAGAACACAAAACCCCUUGAGAAGGAAGCCUUAAAGCAGGAAUGUCUACCAGGCACUUCCAAUAUGAUGCCAAGAAUGCCUCAACAGAUUCCUUCUUCAGAACCAUCUGUCCAGAUUGGCCAGAAUAUUGAAACUCCACAAAAAAUAAAUUACCAGGCUUUUCAGCAUGAAGUUGCUCCCGAAAUGUAUCCUGGCUCCAAAUCCCCUCCCUAGGCUGUAGAAGGUGGAUCAUUCUAAUGAUGCUUCUGUCAAAGCUGCAAGCUGAGAAAAUGGCCAACUAGAAGAGCUCUUACUCGAAGAUGAUAACUACUUGAAUUAAAACAAGAUGUGAGGAGUUUCCAUCAUGCCUCAGUGGAAACAAACCUGACUAGAAUCCAUGAGGACACAGGUUUGAUCCCUGGCCUCGCUCAGUGGGUUAAGGAUCCGGGGUUGCCGUGAGCUGUGUUGUAGGUCGCAGGUAUGGCUCAGAUCUGGCGUUGCUGUGGCUGUGGUAUAGGCCAGCAGCUGUAGCUCUGAUUAGAUCGCUAUCCUGGGAACCUCCAUAUGCUGCAAGUGCGGCCCUAAAAAGCCAAAAAAAAAAAA